AAAAAACCGUUACGAUAGAGCGAAUUCAUCACUCGCGAGCGUUCUUGAGGCACGAAACUGCGGCGCAACAAAGACAAAAACACCAAAAAUUAUCUCAAAACCUGAAAAAAGCAGGUAAUUUCUCCUCAGAAACCGCUCAACAUCUGAGAAAUAUCCGAACGGAGUGCAUAAUAUUUUCAAAUGAGUGGAAAAAUAUCGACUUAAUCGACGACGGUUUAAGGUAAAUUUGAUGACUCGUUGUAACGGUUGAAACGGUCACUUCGGUCUCUGACAGCGGGAAGGGUUGAACAAGAUGAACAACAAAAUUGAAAAAGAAAACGAAAGCAGUGAAUACAGCAACCACGAGGAGGAGGUCCGGACUCUGUUCGUCAGUGGCUUGCCCUUGGACAUAAAGCCACGUGAGCUCUAUCUCUUGUUCAGGCCGUUUAAAGGUUAUGAAGGCUCAUUGAUAAAGCUUACCUCAAAACAGCCGGUGGGGUUUGUGAGCUUUGACAGCAGAUCAGAGGCUGAGGCGGCCAAGAAUGCCCUGAACGGAGUUCGCUUCGACCCGGAAAUCCCACAGACUUUGCGGUUGGAGUUCGCCAAGGCCAACACAAAAAUGGCCAAGAACAAACUGGUAGGGACGCCCAACCCCCCUCCUUCUCAACAGAGCCCUGGACCACCCUUCAUCAGCAGGGACCCCUAUGAGCUGACAGUGCCUGGUCUGUAUCCCAGCAGCCCUGACGUGUGGGCAUCGUACCCGCUGUACCCCGCAGAGCUGUCGCCCGCUCUCCCGCCUGCUUUCACCUACCCUUCCUCUCUGCACGCUCAGAUCCGUUGGCUCCCACCAGCAGAUGCUCAGGGCUGGAAGUCCAGGCAGUUCUGCUGAAAUAUGUGUUCCUUAUGUGUGAUGGUGGCCACGGAUGGCCUUGAUCGAGCUGCCCCUUCAUUUCACCCCUUACUUUCUGUCUUUCUCUCUGUCUUUCUCUUUCUUCCUUUCUCUUCCUCUCCUUCCAGCAGUCCAAAAUCAGGGGCCUCCAGACUCACCUUCUUCAGUCAUGGACCACAGGUUAACACCACGCCCCCACCGGGCUACAGGGCAAAUCAAGACCACCUCUGCCUCCAUCACACAAUCCCCCCUCCGCGCCGCUCUUUUUUCUACUGUUACACCACUAACACUUUGAUAGAAGGAGUACACACGACGGUAGCAUUAAAAAAUGCUGCAUUCAUGCUGCCAGUGGAGUCACUCAUACAUUUCUGCUAUGUGAUGUGCGCACGAUAAGACUGUAUAAAAAAAUAUGAAUUUUCUGCUCAUUAUUCAGUUAUUAAUCUUAUUCAGUAGCUACUAUGAAUUAUUCUAAUAGUAAUCAGUAACCACUAUUAAACAAAAAUCUAAGUUAUACAGUUUUAAGAGUGAGACAUUGAGCUCCACCAACAAAUGUAUUCUUUCAUAGCAACUGUUGCAAGGUUGGACAAGCUUUACAGAGCGCAGGUCAAAAUCCCACUCAGCCUAAUGAGAAACUGUAGCGCUGUAGCUAAGCUUUUGUCAGAACACCUGUAUUUAGUGUGUGUUAUUAAUUUCAAAGGUUAUUUAUAUUGCGUAUGUGGGAAAGGUCACACUGUCAGGUUAGAUCAGGUGUAGUUGUUUUGAAUCAAGCUAACACUAGCAUGCAAUUUCCAACCUACCUAGUAAUUUCCAAACUAUCUAGUUUCAAUUAACUACAAGCUUGGUAGGCUAACAUUUUAAUCUUAGAACCCAACAUUAUGUAGCGGCUCUAAACAAACGUUUUUAGCAGUUCAAUAUGAAUAACCACUAACGUAUUUAAAUACUUAUUUUAACUAAAACGACUCACAUUUUCUCAUUAGGUUGAAUGUUUGUUUUGUUAGUGUUCUGUAAAGAUAGCAACAGUUGCUAUGAAAGAAAGUGUAGGCUCACAUUUGUACUGCCUGUACAAAUCCUCAGUUUUUCACCACAAACCCUGUGACCUCUGUGCAGUGAUGACUAAGCCAUGCAGGUGAAAUGUGGAACUCCUUGUAUUGAAAUGUUAUGGUUGUGUAUUAAUCAUAUUAUCUCUACCAUUAUUAUUAUUGUUAUUAUUGUCGUUGUUGUUAUUUACAUUGAUUAUACCUAAAAAGAAAUUCUGAUCAAGUUGACGCAUGACUCGCCAAAAUGAUGACGCUGUACAUUUUUAGAUAUUUUGAAGAAAAAUACGAAGUAUUUUUGUAAUCAAGUGAAUGUUUUAGUGCUGUGUGUUUGAUUGCUGAUGUUGUCCGUUACGUGUGCGAGAAUUUCAGUUUGAUGACUCUGAAUGUGUUCUCUCUUUGCUCUCUGAAUGUGUUCUAUCUUGCCCAGUUGUCCUAUGCAUGCUCGCUUCAUACAUGUGCUCUUUUGUAGCAACUGUUUCUAGGUUGGCCAAGCUUUACAGUGCUGGUAAAAAUACCAUUCAACCAAAUGAGAAACUGUAGAACACACUCAGUUUAUAUCACAAUACCUACAUUUAGAGUGAGUUAUUCAUUCAACCGAAUGAGAAGCUAUAGAACACACUCAGUUUAUAUCACAGUACCUACAUUUAGAGUGAGUUAUUCAUUCAACCUGAGAACUGUAGAACAGACUCAGUUUAUAUCACAGUACCUACAUUUAGAGCGAGUUAUUCAUUCAACCUGAUGAGAAGCUGUAGCUUACAACUCAGUUUUUUUAAAUGCUUAAAUUUACGGUGUAUUAUUAAUUUAAAACGAAUACAUUUAUUUCAUGUUCAUGUGGAAGGUCACACUUUUAGGACAGGUGUAGUAUCUUGGGCCUAUUUCUGCAUUCAAUCAAUCUAACGUUACCAUAUUCGUGGCAAAUUCGUUAUUGUCUGACCUGCCUAGUGUUAUAUUUUAAACUGAAAGCUCGACAUUAUGUAGCAUUUCAAUGUGAAUGAUUUAAAUAUUUUAAACUGCGCUACAGUUUCUCAUUAGGUUGAAUAGUGUUUUUGCUAAUGUUUAGUAAAGCUUGUUCAACCUUGCAACAGUAGCUACAAGUAGGACACAUUUGAGUAUGACAGAGCAUGGAUAGGUAAACUCUGUUCUCUCUCCUGUAGCAUUAUUAGUAUGAGGAUGUCAGAGCAACAAAAGCAUUGAGAAAGAAUCAUGUAGCACAGCAGAGAAUCGUAGUUAAAUGACUUUAUUCAGAUAUUAAUUGCAUGGUACAGAUUUUUAGCUGGUUCUGAUAAUCAGACCUCUUUGUUACUGGCCUUAUGAUGCCAUGCAGUGAUAGAACGGUAUUGGAUGUCAUAAAGAGUAAUAUUUUAUCUUUUGGGUCAAAUUGCUUUGUUUUCCCAAUUUAUUCCAGCUGUUUUCCCUGGCAGAAAGACAUCCAAGCCAAACUUGUGUUUGAGUUAUCUCUGCAUUUUAGGCAUUUAUUUUGUAACUGCAUCUACUGUAACAGCACCAUGAAAUCUUUUUUCCUUAACCCUUAGAAGUCAAAUUAGUGCUGCUCGUUAUUAAAACACAAUUACAUAACUACAUAUUUAAUGAAUAUUAAUGUCUUUGAACUUCUGAGAUUUUUUAGAGUACCUUGGACAUUAAGAAAACAAACAAAUCAGUCCUUAACCAAAUUAAUCAUCUCAUAAAUCCCAGAUAAUCACACUGAAGCUCUUAUUUUGGACAUAUUCUGAGAAGAAGCAGUUCAUUGUAAAGACUAUUAUGCUUAGAACAGUUAGUGGUUCCAUACAAUUGGAUGAAUGAUGGAACAGUCCAUUGAGAAGCCUAAAGACCAGAACAGAUGUUUAAUUACACAGUUAAGGUCACACUGUAAGUUUUAUGGAUUUGGGGACUUUUUUUUUGAGCCCUCUCUUGUGGAAUAAUACUUUAGUCUGUGGGUUGUGCUUUGGACCCCAUCCCUAAAUGGAUGAAUCUGAUGAUUAUGAGCACGUUAGCAUGUUAAAAGAGUAUUCAAAGAGAACUCAAUCAAAACUUGGUGAAGGAUGUGUCUUCUGAGGAUGUAAGUGAACGAUCUACUAUUGUCGUCAUAUCUUGCUGAUGCUGAUUUUGCAUUUAAAAUCUAAAUAUUGAACCAUACUGUAUUUUUAAGCCUCUGCAUGUGAGACGUUAGUAUGUAAAAAUGUACAACGCGUUACGAAAAACUCCCAAUCUGACGCCUCUGACUUUUAAAUGAUUAUUUCAGGCAUUACAGGGUGACUCGCAGUAGUGCAUGCACACCAUAUUUGUUUGUAUUUUCACUUCUUACAAAGUGCAUUAUUUACAUACUUAUUUGUAUAAUUAAAUACACUUAAAUUCUGCAAAAUGUAUUUUCUUUCUGCAACAGAAAGCUGUACAGGUACAAUAACUUUCUAUCAAAAUCAAACUAUAAUAAAUCUCCUCUUCUACUCGACUCGAGUGAGAUAUAAUGCAUAUAAAAUUACAGCACAUUCCUGUUAUCACAGAUGACUUCUAAGGGUUAAAGCUGAGUAUUGAUGUUCCAGUAGAGGCAGGUAAUGUGAAUGUUAUUCGUAUAGACGUACACUGUAUGGAUGAUGUGACAGCGCUGGUUCUCCGAUUUGGCAUCUCUGCUAGCAUGCCGUCCUUUUUUCUUAUUGUAGAAAAGUAAUUUUUCAUACCUGUGAGUGUUUUUUUCCAAGGGUGAAGGGUGUCAUAUAUUUUCGGAUCUGAGAAAGAGAAAAAAGGAGAGAAAAAACUCCAGUCCAGUGUUUGUAAAGUCUAAAAAUAGCUUCAUAUGUCUCUCUCCCUCUUCUGAUGCUAUUGUGGUCGUUGCAUUGGGACGAGAAACGAAAAUACUUCAAAACCCGUCCGGUCUUCAGAACGCGUGAGCUGGAGAUGAACUCAAUACUGAAGCCAUUUGUUUUUCGUGCAUGCUUUUGGCAUGAAUCUAUUUUCAUUUGUUCAUUUUCUUCAGUGUACGUGGUUAAUAUGUAAUAUCAACAUCUGAUCUUCCUUUUUUUUGAGUGUGGUUUUGCCAGAAGAUACUGUAUGAAAUGUCUUUGUGGAAAAAAUAAUAAAAAAUGAUUUUUUAUAUAAACAAACUCUACUGA